AUGGAAAACCCGCCUCCAGAUUACCUCCAUUUCAUCAAGAUUUGGGUUCAGAUUAGGAAUAUCCCGUUGAAUCAUUACACAAAAGAGGCGAUUACGUUGAUCGGAGAAUGGCUUGGAGAAGUAAAAGUCGUGGCCUUUGAUCCUCAUAAACCACAAGUGCAGGAUUAUGUUAGAAUCCAAGUACGCUUUGAUGUGUCGAGACCUCUUCGAAAAUCUAUGGUGGCAAUCUACCGAAAGGUGGAUCAUCGCUGGUCUACUUCAACUAUGAAAGAGUGCAGAAGAGGUGUUAUGAAUGUCAGCUCCUUAAUCAUGAAAAAAGAUUUUUGCCCUCGACUGGUCCGGAAGCGUAAAGAUGCUGCUUUGGAGAGGAGACAGGGGAUUUUACAGGAGAAGAGUGCAGCAGAGAAGGUUCUUGGUCCGAAUGAUCCUUUAUUUGGAGUUUUGUCAGAAGAACAAGUGGGGAUCUGUACGAUCACUGGAAGAAAGAAGAUAUCCACGGAGGUGCUUGAAGAAAUGCGGAGAUACAUGAUUAUGGCCACGGAGGAGGACAGGUUAAUACGUAUUGAUAGGAUCAGGUCUUCAGUGGCAGAGGUAGAGAAGGAUCCCAUUCUGCAGAAAACGAUACUCAGAUUGGAAGCGCCUCCAGUGAUUACUAAGCAAGUAGAUAAGGGGAAGGGAAGAGUGUUUGACUUUGAUCUCAACAUAGUGGCAGAGUCACAAUCUGGUGCUAAAGGAGCUGAAGGAAAAUUGAUGGCAUCUGCUAUUAGAGCUAGCAGCAAUGAGUUCCAUAAACCUCUGGCGGAGUCUCAACCAGCGAGGCAGAAAUUGGAAUUUGGUCAGCGUCUUAUUUUAAGUACUGUGUAUUGCCCUGAUACCACCUUGGCUGGUACUGCUCUGGUGGAGAAAAGCUCACACACUCUCUUUGAUGGUAACUCAACGGAACAUGGUCUUAAAUUCUCGAUGUCGGGACCAUCCGGGGUUACAAAGAAGCCUAAUAAAUAUAGACGACGCCCCCAUAUAAGCAAGAGACAUGAGAGAAAGAAUGCUUCUACAGGAAUCUUGCAGAAGUUAUAUGGUGCAGAAGGAUCUGCUGCACAUGUGGGAGCAAAGAGGAAAGGUUCGAGUGAGGAACUGGAGGAUGGCAGUGUGAUGAAGAAAAAAGAUGCAAGGGUGAUCCCACAUGAGGGAUCGCCGAAGACUAGAUGA